CUAUUGCCACCGGCAUCACGAUAUUUGUCAGUGUUCAAGUGUGGGAGCAGAAGGAAAUGUGCACAUUUUGCGUUGAAAUUGUGCAAAAAUUCCACAUGCUGGUGAUUUUAGAAAGAAGAUAGGACAUGGACGAGGACCCUGAGACUCGCGAGCGUGUGUUUCACAAUGCAAUUCGAGAGCUGCUGAUUCACUUCCUGUUCUUCCUAGUCCUUUAUGUGUUUGCGUUUCUGCUAAUUUCAAAGUUCAAGAAAAAGAAAGAAUACUAUUUUGAUGAUGAUGAAGAUGCAGUCGUCUACCGUGUAUCGUUGUGGAUGUGCUAUUUCAGUCUGGCUGUUUCUUUGGGAGCAGCGUUAUUGCUUCCUGUGUCCAUCAUUAGCAAUGAGGUGUUGUUGCUUUACCCUACAAGUUUCUACAUUCAGUGGCUGAACAGCUCACUUAUUCACGGACUUUGGAAUGAAAUUUUCCUGUUUUCCAACAUUUCCAUCUUCAUCCUGUUGCCAUUUGCCUACUUUUUCACAGAGUCAGAGGGUCUGCCCGGUUCCAAAAAGGGCCUCUUGUCACGACUCUACGAGACGUUCCUUAUGUUCAUGCUUGUGGCAGCAUUGUUGUUUGGUUUGACCUUCAUCAUCUCAGCACUUUUGGACUAUGGGCAUUCAAGAAUGCAGUCAUUAUUCACUCUCUGGGGUGGGUACCUUCCAUUUUUGUACUCCUGCCUCUCCUGUUUUGGAGCGCUUCUCCUCCUGACGCAAUUUUGCACUGCUGUAUGUACGCCAGUUGGAUUUGCCAGGCUGUUCACUGUUAUUGGAGAGCUUGUGGUCAAGCCCAGGUUUCUGAGAGACAUACAGGAAGAGUAUUAUUGUACACUGAUGGAGGAAGAGGAUCUCAGAAGGAAACUGAAGCUUAUAUCACAUGAGUACCAGAUACGACCAGCAUAUACAAAUGGAACCAAUGGUACUGCCUCAGCAGUCCUCAGGCUUCAGCAGUUGGAAAAGAGGAGAAGAGAACUCGGAUUGCAGCAGUCUGUUUCUUCGUGGAGAAGGAACCUGGGGUACCCAAUCGUGAUGUUACUACUUCUUAGCCUCACUUGCAUAUCUUUGCUCAUGGUGCUUCAUAACACAUUAGUGCUGUUGAUAGGGAUAAAAGCACUGCCUGUUUCUUCGCAGGUACGGCAAUUCUCUUUGGGAAUAAGCUCACUGUCUGCACUGGGAGUGGUUGGCUCAUCGAUAGAGAUUGUCCUCAUUCUGUACCUGUGGCUUGCCUCUGUAGUUGGUUUCUACUCCCUCCCUGGCUUUCGCAGUCUCUGCCCCAAGCCUCAUUCUGCCACACUGACCCAAGUUAUUGGGAACUGUGCCAUCCUCCUCAUCUUGAGCUCAGCCUUGCCCGUCAUUUCAAGAACGCUAGGUAUCACAAACUUCGACCUUCUGGGGGACUUUGGCCGCAUCGAGUGGUUGGGCAUCUUUCCAAUCAUCCUAACUUACAAUGUGAUGUUUGCUGCUGCAGCAUCACUUAGCCUUACCACUAAGUUUACAGCUGCCAUGAGAGAUGAACUCCUUGGGAGGCUCCGUGCAGUUGGCCGGGGUUCCUGGUCUUCGGUAAUAGGAAAUCCCAAAGGACAGCUAUCAAUGUGCAAAGAGGACUGAAGGCUUUUGGCCACUUGUUCUGUUUUUUUUUUUGUUUUUUUUUGAGUAAUUGAAAACAAACUUUGAAGGUUGUGAUGUAAUGUGAAGAGCAAUAGCAGUCAAUGAGGUUGCCACUUCCAUGUAAGCUAUAAAUCUGUACAGGUUGCAUACAUGUUGAGCAUGCAUGUGGUAUGUGUUGCUCUCAAAAACAUUGCAAACAUUGCAACUAGUGCACCUUCUAUUGCAUUUGCGUGCCUUCUUUUUGUCAGUCAUUAGUUCCUGCUCAGCUGAUACAACAAGUGUCCCUUCAGAGAAUUACUUGAAAGAAAAAGAGCUUUUGACCGUAUAAUACCUUCGGGAAAACGUGAGGGCAUGCACUGUUUUUCAGUCUACUCACUAGUGCUCGUAGCACCCACAGUAGUGCUCUGUGAACAGCCAGGUAGGAUGCCUUCUAGAUUUGCAGUGGGUCCGUAGGGUAAGUAAGGACGCUAAGAGUUUCUGCAUGUACCUUCCUUUCAAUAAUGUAAGAAAACACAAAUGGCAUUAGCAUGAGGGCACUUACUGGUUCAGCUAAUGGGCAAUCGCAUUUUUUGGGACUGAUGAAUAGAAGCAUGUGGGUGGUAGAAGUGAGUAUCCACAGGCUGCUGUGAUGUUUUACAUGGAGUGACUUUUGCUGCAUAAGUCUUCCAGAAGCGAAGUGCCCAAGUAGUGCUGAGUGUACAGUAAUAAGAGUCUGAAGAAGAACAAAUGGAGCAAAGAAGCUAACAUACUGGCUUACAAUCUCUAGUAUGUGCUUAAUACAACCUGCGUUAAUAGUGCACAACACCUGAACAGCCCAUUCUGGAACUUGAGUACAUUCUCAAGAGUGACAUCAUGUGCUGGAUUAUCUGCCCCAACUUGAAUAGCACUAAGGUUGAAGGUCCAAGUGCCAGUCAUAAUAUGGUAUCACAAUAUAUCUCCAAUAUGUGUGUAUCGUGAAAUUGCUCAAGACAAGAACAGUGUAGGAGUUUUUAAACCAGAAAUGAAGUGUACAUGAGAAACCCAUAAGCUUGACUUGUGGUUUGCAUCCGUGAGCAUAAUCGUACGUCAUGGCAAUGUCAAACGUGAUCGUGUGCAUUCUGCGAGAUGCUGAAUUUUAUCUUUGUCUUUGCGUUUGAACAAGAUCUGGAAGAUGCGGUCCACUACGACUGUUCUCCAUUUUAUUUCCUGUGAUAUGUUUCUACACUUGCACAUAGAAACAGUUCAAGUCUGCUCACGCAAACUUGAUUCCACACGUGCUUUAUUGCUACAAUGUUUCUUUUACCACCCGCGUACCAUGUGUACUCACCUCCGAUUUUUGUCCCAAAUUGUUUAUAUUUUUCAUUUUCUGUUGUCAGUGUUUGCUGGCACUGUGACAACAUGGUCAUGUAGAAAAAUGUAUAUCUGGCUAUUUAAAACUUGAGCUGAUUUAAACCCUACUCAUUCUGCAAAAUGUUUACAUCGUGUACAGCGCACAUUUCUUGAUUGCAGAGUACUGCGCAAUUAAAAUCAUUAUGGGACGACAUAUAAACUUGAACACUUGCAGAUAAUGAUCUGUUUACCCUUUUAGCAUGACGCCUCUUUUGAACAGCAUGAGUAAGCUUGGAAGUAAUCAUUUUUUGUGGCAGAGUGUCUUGGUCAGCUGCUUUUCUCUGGCCACACUUUAUUUUUCUUGUGCCCUUAAAUGUUUUAGUCGUUACCUGUAUUUUAGUUGAAUAGGAUGUUUUGCAGCAUCAAUAGCGGCAGCACAAAAAAUUUCUUAUCGUGUGGGGUUUUUCCCUUUGUAGCAGUAACAGUGAGAGAAUAAUAACAAUAUCGUUGAGAAUAAUUUGCUAUCUAGUUAUCAUGUGUAGCUUUUCUUGACUCCUAUUCAAAAUGUUUGCCUUUGCUGAGGUAUCAGCCUUAUGAAACAAGUCUAACAUAUGUGACCUCUGUUCUGCUAUCUGUGCAAAGUAGAUGUAUGUUCAACAAAGAAGCUUGGAGUAAGCUUGGAAUAACAGAAGGCUGGUAUUCAUAACCAAGUAUCAUUUUUGUUACAAUUGUAAAGCACUGCCUGGACACAGUUUUCCUUUUCUUUUUUUUCGUCUCGAAUAUGUUUUGUUUUGUCAUGCACUUGGUGUUUCUAAUCAUGCUCUACCCAUAAUCCACAUCAUGUCAACAUCAAUGCAACUUCAUUUUGGGGUAUGCCCACAGUCACCUUCAGUCAUGACAGUUCUUAUCAAGCAUAAGAAUUGCUAUGUACUUUAUGAAUCACUUUGUGAUUUGUAAAUAAUUAUUUCUUAAAUAUUCAGUCUUCUGUAACAAAGUUCCAACAAUGCAAGUACUAUUUAAUUUAUUUAGUGUACGAUAGUUCUAGUCUCUGAAAAGGUCAUGGACUGGGUAUUGAAGUGUUCUGUAUAACCACAAAAUUUUGCACUGGAGAACGUGUGUGACCACUGCGUGCUCCCUGAAUGGUCAGUCUUAUUUAGUAAUGUUCCUGCACGGUCCAUACAGAACACUUCAGCGUUUAGUACAAGUACAGGGUGCUAACCUUUAAGCUCCAUGGGGCUCAAUAUACCUGGCACAGCAGCUCUUCGGCUCACAUGCCCAUUAUUUUGCACAGCAACAACAACAAAAACAAAAAUCACUUUUCCAGGUCAUGACAAAUUUCACACACAACACAACACAACAGAAAAACAUGGUAUAUUAAGACUCCUGGUGACUUCUAGGUUGCAGCACUGUAGGCGGGCCAUUUUUACUAAGGUAUAUAAACUCCUACAAGGUACAGGGUGCAUAUCCUUACACAUUGUAUGAAUAUGGGAUUGGCAGCUGUCAAUUGUCCAGUCAGGGUCACAGACUGGUACGGUGUAUGUGCUUCUACCUUUCAACACACAUCAUGAACUUGAAUAUGGUCGUAAUGUUCCAGAAGUCAUAGUUGCAUAAUCUGUCAGUGUACAAAUAAUGUGUGUUUAAUAGUGAAUGUGUGUAGUGUUGUGGUGCAGCUAAUUCUAUUUAUGUCUAUUGGGUUAUCAACAUUGUUUCACUCUAUCCUCGUGUUAAAGUUCCUACCCGGAAAAGGAAAUUUGUGCAGGCAAUGUUGCACUUUUCCCCUUUACAGUGGCCACCCGUUGGCUAGUCAUACGCGAGGACCUUGUUUUAUCAGUGAAGACAAACGUUAGCCUUUCUUCCACUGUGGCACAUACGAGAGACAUAAUAUGUCAGCCUGCACGCAUUAAUGAAAAAUUAGCAGCACCAUCGGGGUGUAUAUUCCACCGUCUAUUUUUGUAUCUUGAUUACAGUUGUAGCUAGCUGAUGGAUCAUUUAUUCCACGGUGAAAUAGACACGUUUUAACAGCACCGUAAGUGACACAUUGUGACACAGUACCAGUAGUAUCACCUUCUUUGUGUUGAGUAGAAAUGCUGAAACAGCUGCACGUGAAGGGCUUAAAUGGCAGUGCUGUGUGUAAAAUGCUUUGUUUGUAAUACUUAGCACCAUAGAGCCACACGAACACGAGCAUCUGUUUCGAAGCUGUAGUAACUUUAAAAAUGUGCAGUGGGAACUUUGCUGUGUCACGAGUGAUGUAAUCGUACGCAAGGAAAUAUGCUUUAAUGAAGGCCUGGUUCGAAUAAUAAAUGUCAAUUGAAUUCCAA